AUGCUCAAUAACAACUGCACAUCCCCUGGAAACUUAUACGUAAUUCCUGACCCGUCAUGGUGCCCCGACUUGGGCCAGUGCAUCAUGUGGAACGUGAGCUCUGAGGACGCGGUGGAUCUCUGCAGGAGUCUAAGCUUUUACAUCGAAAAGUAUUUAGGCCAGCGACGUUCACCUUUCUUUUUGCCAAUGUGCAUCUUCUACUUGCUCAUUUUCUGCAGUGGCGCAGUGGGAAAUGCACUGACAUGCGCUGUGAUUGCACGCCAUCGUACCAUGAGGACACCCACCAACUUCUACCUGCUCAGCCUGGCCGUGUCGGACCUGCUGGUGCUGAUUUUGGGUUUGCCGCUGGAGCUUUACGAGCUGUGGAGCAACUACCCGUUCCUGCUGGGCACUGGAGGAUGCUACUUUAAGACCUGCCUGUUUGAGACGGUGUGCUUCGCCUCGGUGCUCAAUGUAACAGCCGUGAGCGCCGAGCGCUAUCUUGCCAUUGUGCACCCGUUGCGGGCUAAACACGUGAUGACACGUGCCCAUGUCAGACGGGUCAUCGUGACGCUCUGGGUCGUGUCCUUUCUCUGCGCUCUGCCCAACACCAGCCUGCACGGCGUGGCCGCUUUACCCCCGCGAUUUGGCCAGAGCUUUCCAGAGUCAGUGGUUUGCAUGCUGGUGAAGCCUGAAUGGAUCUACGGGCUGCUCGUGCAAGUCACCGCGCUUGUCUUUUUCCUAAUACCCAUGUCAAGCAUUGGCAUGCUGUACCUACUGAUUGCGCUGCAGUUGCACAAAGAAACGUGGAAAUUACCAAAGAAGGGUACGUUUUGGAAUGGGCAAAGUUGGAGUUUGCCAGCAAAGACCUCGCUGCAGAAAGCACGGCAUCGACAGGUCACCAAAAUGCUAUUCGUGUUGGUGGUGGUGUUCGGUAUUUGCUGGGCACCGUUUCACAUAGACCGUGUCAUGUGGAGCUACAUCGACGAAUGGAGCGAAGAGAACCUCAGAGCCUACGAGGUCGUCCACCUGAUCUCGGGCAUCUUCUUCUACCUGAGCUCGGCCGUGAACCCCAUCCUCUACAGCCUCAUGUCCACUCGCUUCAGGGAGCUGUUCCGCGAGGUGGCCUGCCAGAGGAACGAGCCGAAAUUCAGCAUCACUCAGGUCACCCUGCGGAGCACGCUUUGA